AGGAAGUACUGCCCUUGACGGAGCGUUUGAGGAUGAGCCCGGAUUCUACAAGUACGUGCACAUGGGAUACCCGCUGAGCCCCCUGCCUGUGGCCAAUCUAGCGUUGUCAAAAAUCAAAAUAUCUUCAGGCGAAGAUCACUUGCUCGUUCCGGGGCCCCGAUAUAUUCAACGAGGAAAGGGUGUUUGGAACCCGAGCCACAUUACCUUCAGGCUGCGAAGGGUACCAAAGGACUGGGUUACGGCCCCAUCUAGUCUUCAAAACUGUUCGCGGCAUUCGUUCAGGUCCAGUCUCGUCCCGCACAAGUCUCGUGACGGGCCUUACUUGGCACACUGCCCUGAACAUGUUGAAUAGGCGUAGCUUGCGGAGGCAUUGACGGCACAUCGCCGCACCAAACACAACGAGGAGCGAGAUCCAUUCUCCCCGAAAGGGGCCCCAAAUGCGAGCACACACGCCAGUGCCCUCCUUGCCUCCAGAAUCUCUGCGAAUUCCGGAACAAGCCAAGAUCCACUGGCCCGUGCCGCCUGCUUCAUCGGCGGCUCCCUCUUACUUUAAUCCUCAGCACACAGAGAGCGCCGGCCAGGGAUCCCCGCAAGUUAUUCGUUUUUCUCGGUUUUUCUCGGGACCAACAAGCCGUCUCUCUGGCAUCCUCCUGCUCUUGACUGAGAGAAGUUGAGAGAAACAGCCCCGUCCCCCGAGAUAUCUCGUGACCCCUGGCUUCGCCGAUUGCCGCUUGCCCACUUUGGAAACCACGUGGUUCCAAGAUUUCACUGGCGGAUCCUGUCUUGCAACGACACGUCUUAAUCUGGGCUGAGUUGCGUCUAGGCUAUACAGCCCCUUUGUUAUAUUCCUAGUCAACAGCAACAACCGACUCGACAGCCAUCGCGCUUCAUGGCCUCUGAAAACGCCACUUCCUGCACGCUCCCCUGAGAUCUGCCGUUGGUAGGCUGGUGCGUCUUGAUUUGGUCACCAUCGCCCUACAACUUAGGACUUUGCUCGCGGGAUUCAUCCGAUGUGGGUGAACGCGGAUUCCGACGCUUGGUUGAUUAGGAAUUGGAUCACCUCGAUGAGUCGAGCCGCAACCAGAAGUUUCCCGCCGGCUGAGCAGCGUUUCUAAGCCGCGUUUGCUACGCGCCAUUCCACUGCCGGUGAUCAUCAGGGCUUCUCCGGACACGGGCAUUACCGCAAUAUCUCAACGGGGCCCGUUGCAACCGGGCCAUCAUUCGGCUCCAUCAGACACGACGUGGCUCUGUCCACCUCUGUCGACCUUCCCUGUCGCCGCGGACGGGUGCUACUUUCCUAUAUCUGGACUGCACAGGUUCCUUUAUGAGGCUGUUGUUUUGAUUUUGAUUCAAGCUGAACUUUCUGACCGGUCGCUUAUUCCUUAUUGGGCUGAGCAUGAAACAUACAUCACAACAACCGUACUUCAGCCUCUGAAGUUCUUCGGUGGACCCUCGAGUCAACUGCUUUGGGUCAACAACCGGUCUCGAUGGGCGACUACUAUCACCAUUUCCUGACAUCCAUGUCAGGGGUGGAGGACUACUCUCCUGCAGGUUUCCAGCACAGCCCACAGCUGCCCGGCGGACUUAUUUCCACGCAGGGAAAUCCCGCCGCCCUCGCAUACCAAAGCACGCAGCGUCUUGGAUAUAUCAGAAGCUUUCCCGAGCCCACUUUCCCGAACACACCCAAGCCGUCGAAGGGUCGCAGGAAGGUAGCAGCUACUGUCGGCAAUGGAACAGAUCACGUCAAGCAUCGAAGAACGCGAUCAGGGUGCUUCAUGUGUAGAAGCAGGCGGGUCAAGUGCGACGAGACACGACCCAUAUGCGAACGCUGCAAAAAAGGCAACCGUGAAUGUAUUUAUCCAGAUCCGCCCGGCCCCAAGGGUGCGCCAGGCCCCGGCAAAUCUAAAGAGAUGCAAAGUUCCACCUGCAAGGCGAGCCCCAGUUCGUCGAACGAAGGCGAUGAAGAUGAUCGCGAAUCAAGUAACCAGCUCGAGACGAUUUACGAUGACGAUGAAUCCGAGGAUGCGCUUCAGCAGGCUCCCGGACCACAUUCCCAGCCAGUAGAAUCCUGCGGGUUGCCUCAUGAACGACAGGGCUCCGAAGGCCUGAUCGAAGACGGUGUUCAGGUCUUGUCCUCCCCCUCGACUUCUACUGCUGGAAGCAUCAGUGUCGCUACAAGACAGUCGUGCGAUCUUCCUAGUUCAGGUGGACGCACAGAUUGGUCACAUCUCCCCCCCGACUUUCAGCACCACCUUACCUACUAUGUCGACAACAUCACAAAUUACCAUUACAGCCUGGCCAACGACGGCGAUGCCUUUUUCGGGACGAUCAUGCCCAGCCUCGCCAUCAACCACGAGCCGCUGCUAUACGCCCUAGUCGGCUUCUCGGCGUACCAUGCAACGCUGGAGAAUCCAAACGGGCAGCUUCAAGACUUCCUGGGGUAUUACAACAGAAGCGUCACACUUCUGCUUGACUGUAUCAAACGAAAGGAGACCAACAAUGUCCCGGUUCUUGUCACAAUUCUGCAGCUUGCAACCAUGGACGAAUUUUUGGGUGACUGGGUGAACUUGAUGGGCCAUCAGAAAGCCGCGCUUGAAAUCAUCACAAAGGUCUUCACGCCAGAGACGGUCAUGCUCACUCCUGUUGGUCGCGCCUGUUUAAACUGGUACAGUCGAUACGACAACUACGUCGCCAUCAUGGGCGGGUUUCCUACGGAGCUUCCUCGCGAAUGGUUUGAAGUCAUGGUAAGCUAUAGCCAGAGCCAUGCUGCAGUGGAAACGGGAAACGUGCGCUGGAAGGCAGAUGAGCGCUCUUCCAGACUGAGAAUGAUAAGUUACGACAUGUCUAUGCUGUACGCUCGCGGCAGUCGAGGGCAAAUAUCUCCUGAAGGCUUUCGCGAAAGCCAUGAGCAGAUAACGCAAAGGCUCUUGGAUUGGAAGAGCAGUUGGGACCCAGCACUGACAGACCCGGCCUAUCUCGUCACCGACUUCUCUUACCAAAGACCACUUGAUGUUGAAGAUAUCGUGGAUCCGUACGAAAAAGGGAUCUUGUUCAAGCCGCCUCUAUUCACCACCACCCUUAUUACGGCCGAGUGGCACUCAAUCUUCAUCAUGCACCUAUCGCAGUCCAUUGAUACUCCACAGUCGCAACUGUUUGAGGAGAUAGGGCAGCACGCCUACGUCGCAUGUCAAUAUUUCGAGUCCGUGGAGUUUUGGCCCCUGAAGCCUAAAGGAGCCUUGAUCUCGCUGCAGCCAUGCAUAUCCAUCGCGGCCCUCUUUCUGCCGCAUGAUAUGCGCCAUCAAAUGUGGAUUCGGCGCAAGUUUGCCCUUCUUGACAUGCUGGGGUGUAUACAUCCCACGGCACGCCGGAUCAAGAUGGCACAGGUGUUCCGUGACCCUUCGUGUGCGCGUUGGUGGCUUCCCAAUGACGCUGGGUUGACUCCCGUCCUGCAGAAUAUACGCGCAUUCGCAGACGACCGAAACGCGGCAGCUGUGAAUGCGCAGCAGGAGAACAUUCGAGAAGUAAGGCAUCUUUUCGCCAAGCUGGAAGUAGGCCUCGCCGAGCCUGAUGCGCAAGUCAAAGCCGGCGAAUCUACUGGCCAUUGACCAAAUCAGAGCCCAGGCUUAGCCGCUCCCAUGUCACGAAAGUUUUGAGUUGGGUCCGCGUCCACAGCAUAUGGCGGCAGGAGGCUCUCCUACGACAGAGCUUAGUGAGACCUCGCCAGAUAUUCGAGACGUCCUGAAUGCAAUACACUUGGUUAGAAGGGAGUUGCCGAUUGAAAUGCCUCACCUGAGAGAAUGCAAACAAAAGUGUUCGACUACUGGCAGCCGGCUUAGCUUUGCUGCGACACGCGAGCUCAUAUCAUGCCUUCCUACAUCAUGGUCGGCAUCACUACGCCUUGGGCGCGGACAUUGCGGACUUGCAUGAUCGGAAAAAUUUCGACGAAAGCGAUGAAUUCAGGUCUGGGUGGGUGAGGCGACAGGAAUCGGUGAUGGGAGUUCUAUAUGACAGGUGAUAAGAUGACGUUUCAUCUAUCAAGGGGAAGGAAGGGAUGCAUUCAAGCCAACACUAAAGUUGCCCUUUGCUCUCGCAUUGAGUACCUGCAACGGCGUCACGAGAGGAGCUCUUUACAAUCCGUACGGCACGCACUGUGCCAUUCGUUACAAGUGUCAUACACAUGGGACAGAUUCGUCCCGCCGCGCUAAUAUACAAACACGGAUACUCCUCGCCGCCGUUUCCCAAUCAUCACUGGAUAUUGGCCGAAGUGCUCACCCGCCCAGCCUACGUCAGUCCCAGGCCGUCUUCCAAUGAGGCACUCGUACGUGGUUCUCCUUGAGGGGUAUAAUGCCGUGCCUGCGUUACUACGUUUCCUCCAACUUGUCUCGCCGCUACUGUGUCUCAGCCUCGGGCUUAUCUUCGGUGAGCUUUGCAUCCUCGCUUGUCUCUGCU